CAAUAAUCCCACAACUUGCGAUCCCCAGACGCUCUCGAAAUGCAUCCAAAUAGCUCCUAAUCGCAAAAGAAAAUGGGCUGUGUAUCUCCAUUUUAUUCAUAAAAGAGAGAAAAAGCGAAAGAAAUAACCAAUGCCGCCAUCUCCCUCCACCGAUGAGAAGCAGGGAAGCGGUUCAGCCUCCGCGGAUGGCCGCAGAGAGCCUGCGACGAACGGCUAUGGCUAUCAUCACCAGGGACCAGAGGAUCUAGGAGGCAAUCCGGACUCCAAUGGCGAUGAAGCUUUUAAUGCAGACUACAGCCGAUUGAUGAGCUACCCAGGCGACGACGAAGAUGCCGACUACUACGGCUUACUGGGGUUGGCCCGCAACCCUCCCCCAAAAGACUCUGAAAUCAGGUCGGCCUAUCGAAACCUCACGCUCAGUUUCCACCCGGACAAGCAACCGGCACACAUGCGCGAGGCCGCAGAGAGGCAGUUUAAUAAGAUCCACGAGGCAUACGAGACCCUCAUUGAUCCACACAAGCGGACGGUGUAUGAUCUUCUAGGCGCGGACGGUGUUCGGGAAGAAUGGGGUCCCAGAGGUGCUAUGGGCCGUCAGGGAGAGGCGGAACGACAGCAGGUGGGCGUCAAAGUCAUGACACCGGAGGAAUUCCGUCGUUGGUUCUUGAAGACCAUGCAGACUCGGGAAAGGAAGGCUGUGGAUACUAUGGUCAGAAGCAGGGUAUGUAGUCUAGCGUUUUGGCGUGUUAAGCUCAAAAAUUGCCCAUUGUCCGUUCGACCAAUAUUCUAAUGCGAGCUGUGUCAAGGGCACCUUGUCAUUUACGGUGGAUGCGUCAGACCUGAUUUCUGUUGACGAGGACGGUGAUGUCUAUCUCUAUGCUCCCUCGCUGCGACUAUCUGAGUAUGGGAUGGCAUACAGCUUCAAGACUCCUAUUCCGAAUCCAGCGAGUUGGUUUCGUGGCAAAAGUGAACCAACUGAAGAAUUGCAAGAAGACAACAAUCCUACCGAAGCCGACGAUAAUAACAAUCUGGAAAUGGUGAUCAAUGCUAGCGUUGCUGGAAAAUUACAACAAGGAAAGCAGAAAUUCGUGUUUGAAUAUGAGGAUGGAACCCAAGAAACACGGGAGGUCCCUAUACCCCUGGCACUUAUUGCAAAGAAUUUGACUCUAGGAGCCAAUAUCAACUAUGCUCUUGGUGACGUUGCGGGCAGAAAGGGGCUGGGAAAUAAACGACCGUUCUCAUUCCUCAAUGACACAAAUGUCUCUGCAAGCGCCCUACUAUUACCUGCUCCGGCACUUGCAUUCAGUUUUGCAAAGGCUAUCGCACCAGUUCCCAAGGCGAAGCCUUUUAGUGUCAACCUCAGCACCACCUUUUCUGGAUCAAUCCUCCAGCGCUUGCCAGAAAUUGGACUGAACGUGUCAAGAGCAGUUGGCGAAAGAAAGAUAGCGUUUUGCUCCUGGUCAAGCGGUACUCUCCUUUGGCCUUCUGCCAAACCAGAAGAACUUAUUUUUACGCAGCUGAGCAAGUUCCAGCUCGGACUUCUGUCAUUUCCGGCGAGGCCAACUAAGCCUACGGGGCCAAUUGGUGGGGAAGAGGAGGACGAGGAGUACCGGGAGAUCCGGCGCAAAGAGCGAGAAGCCAACAAGGCCCGAGAAGCCUUUCAAUUUCAGGUUGAAGCUUCCCCAGCGGGCGGCUCCCUGUCCUUCAACUAUUCACGCAACAUCUUCUCAGGAAAACCGGCCGAUGAGCUUGUCCGGUCCGAAUGGAGCCCUGAAGGCCAUUAUGGCUCGUUAUUAGAGAGCGAACCGCGAUCUGUGCGGCUUGAAAUUUCAACCACCAUUGGGCUUGACCUGGCUCUUGGAUGGAGUAUAUCUGGGAUUCGUCAAGUUGGCGAAUUCACGCGAAUGGGGCUGGAUAUCGGCGUUGAAGGGAUGAAGGGCCUUGUUGUGUCCGUUUCCUGGCGGAGGCUUGGCCAAAGAAUCAAUAUCCCCAUUGUGGUGUGCCCCGUCCAGAUGGUCAACAUGGAUGUCGCCGCUAUCGCAGUUAUCUUUCCCUGGGUAGCAUAUUGUGCAGUGGAAUUUGGGUUCAUUCGCCCACGACAGCGGAGAGAACGUCGACAGGCAGUCGCACAGCGACGGAAGAAGUUGGAGAAGCUGAUUCCGCAGAAACGAGCAGAAAGCCAGCAAACUAUCGAGCUCAUGACAGAGCAAGUUCGCCGACGACAGGCGAGGGAAGAAGCUCAGGGAGGCCUUGUCGUGACCAGAGCGGAAUACGGCUACAUCCCUCCAACGGAGAGGCGUAAGGACGCCAGCGCUGAGGCUAAAGUCGUCGAUGUGACGGUCCCCGUAGCUGCGUUGGUUGAUCGCAGCCAACUAAUUAUCCCACGCGAAACAGUCAAGUUCCACAUUGUUGGAUUCUACGAUCCUGCACCACUCUUGCCCAAGAAAUUGAAAGUUUGGUAUCAGUUUAAUGGAAAACAGCAUUUUGUGGAAGCGGAUGAUUCGGAGGGCAUAACAUGUCCCAUGCGAUCCCAUUUACUUCGCAGUUGAGUUGAGAAGAGUUGUGUCUCUUAAAUAAUCGUCAUGAUUUACUAUAUAGAUAUACUUCUUUUUUAUUUCUGCUCACUUAUCCAUUUUCACCUCUCUUUGCUCAAGCGGCAUCAUUACCAUGGAAUGUUUUCUCUAUAUUUGCCCUAGAUCAGAUCAAGGGCCCUCAAGAUGUCCAUAAACGAUGCCUUCUCACGGAUAUUGUUGGAGAAUCCUAAUUCUAGCAUAUGCUCUCACCCUAUUUUCUGAAGUCCUCUUUGGGCGUCUCGAAAGACCACCAGUAGCUCAGACAUUCAAUGCAAUCACUUCUCAUUCUGUGUCCUGGUUCCUUAUAAAGAAUGUUAAUCUCCCCAUCAGCCACCCGGUAUGAGAUUUGACUAUAUGAAGUCUCGAAGUUGCACUGGCAGCCUCCAUGGCAAUGAGCACAUAUGGCAGAUCCCCCUGUUUCGGCAUAGUAUUUAUUUUGUGAACCUCUCUGAGAAAGACUGAGCGGAUCCUUCACCAGCUGCUCUUCUGACCUGCUCUUCACAGCUUCUGCUUUUGUUCUGCUCACUCUCAGUCCCAGCUGACAACUUUCACCUCCAUACUGCAUCUCACCACCCUGUCAGUCUCCAUCUUCCCUACCCCUUUCAGAAGAACUCGAGCUUUCCUCUUUUCCUCUGUAAAAUGUCCGCUGAAAGAUGCGCGAACGAGAACACUACGGCUCCUGAGCACCCCCAGGAUCAGGCUCAGUCCGGAGAGUUCAGAUGCGUCGAACGUCAGUGUACUCCGCGUGUGUCUACUUAUGCCGUUAUCAGAGAUCGUCGGGGGUUCCAUCGUGGUGGCCGCACAGCUGGCAUCUCUUCUAAUAGUCAGACUUCGCCCUUUCCAUCUUCCGUCCACGUAACUCUGUGGCACUCGGUGAGACCCGCCAUAGAAUACGAUUUCAGCUCUUUUAGCUCGGGUACGUUGCUUCGGUUUCUCUCUUGCACGGUCGUUGAUAUCAUGACGAAACCAGCUGACAAUAGAGCAUAAAAUCAGCCAAUGCCAUCAGACCGUUUUACUACGUCCCACUCCCGGUUGUCGAAGGACACUUGCAAGAUAAUUAUGGGGAUCGCGAUGGCUGUCAGACUUGCCUGGCCUUGUGCAAUGGGGUACUGUGACUUGAAGGGACCUAUUCACAACAACUGCCAGGAGACACCAAUUUGCAUUUCUUUGUGUUUCACUUUGCUUUGAAAAAUCUAAAAGGGAAAAAAAAGGACAAAGAAGAAAGAGGGAAGUUUCAACUAGGUCACUGGCUGGUAAUCGUCAAGUUGUUCCCGAGGCAGUCUCAUGCUGAUCCCUGUAGGGUGUGAGAUAAUUUAUCACUGCAGUUAUUGACAAAUGUGCCUCAGAGGAUGUAUGUUCAGAACAGCUAUAAGCCUAGCAGCAUGGUCAAAGGAAA